GGCAUUAGCACCACCCGGCAUUGCAGAGCUACAAUCAGCAUAGGGCACAGGCACUGGCGGACGCACAGUUUACGGACGGACGACAGCAAAGCAGAGAGAGAUUUCUCCAGUUUUUUUUUGUGCAGAUUCCUCCUUGAUCCCACUUCGCCAAACUCAACCCCCCAGCAACACCCAUUCCCACCGUAAACCUCGUUAAAUCAUGCCACAACGAUCAAUUCUACCGACACUCCGCCUCGCCGGCCGGCCGUUCCACCACCCCGCCACCGUCCGGUCAUGUCGCCUUCCAUCGACUACCCGGUAUCCCCUGUGUGCGCGAAAAUACGCGACGGAGACGGAGAAACCGAGCAGGGCGGAGAUCGGUGGUGUGCGAGAGGAGGCGAGCGGGAGUGCUGUGGAUGCGGAAGUGAAGGAGACGAGUGAUACGGAAGUGUUUGCUGCGGCACCAGAUGCGGAUGUGAUGGUGGAAGCAGACGCAAAGACGGACCUUCCGUUGGUUUUCUCGAGACCGACGCAGAGGAAGUAUGAGCAUCCGUAUGGGUGGCAGACGCUGCAGCUCAACCGCCCCCUAAACAUCCCCGCCCCACCCACACCCCCCCGGACCCACAACCUCCUCACCGCAACCCUCACCCUCACAACCCACAUGCCGGAUUACCUCCCCUUCCUCCUCUACUUCACCCGUCACACCGCACACAGCCUGCUCCUCCCCACCUCCCCACCCAUCCACCUCCCGACCCUUACAAAACGGUACAACGUCAUCAAAGGCCCGUUCGUGCACGCCAAAACCAAGGAAAUCUUCGAGGAACGGAAAUACCACGGCGCUGUGCAGGUGUUUGAUGCCAGCCAAGAAAGCGUCGACGCGUUGGUGGAUUACAUCAAGCGGAGUCUGCCUGCGGGUGUGGAUUUGGAGGUGCAGAGGUUUGCGUGGGAGACGGUGGAGAUGGCGGUUACGCCGAGGGUGUCGGUGCCGGAGAAGUUGGGGAGUGCGGGCGCGCAGGUGAUGUCGAGGGGGAGACGACGGAAGGCGGCGAAGAAUCAGCCGGGGUCGUUUGAGGAGCAGGUGCAGAAGAAGGCGGAGAGCUUUUUGAGGUCUUGGAGUGAGCCGGCGCCGGCGGUGGGGAAGGCGCCCGCGACGAAGGCGAAGAGCAAGUGAGGUGGUGUAGACUGUUGGGCGCAACGUAAUGGCAUGCCCCAUCCCG